UAAUGAAUCAACUACUGAACCAAUAGAAGAGGUAGCUCUUCAUCUCUACCACGAGCAUCGGGCUAUCGAUCACGCUCAUCAGGCUCAUAAUCUUCAUCCCGAGCAUCUGCAGCCUUUAUUGCCUUUAUUCUGUGUCUUUUCUCAUUCAAAAUGCAACUUUGAAAUUGCGUAGGUGAUGGCAGAAAAUCCAUCCAGAAAUUACGUAAGGUGAUAGAAAGAAUCCUUCAGUAGGCUAAUCUUGACAGUUUUCAUUUUCGAUUGAGAAAGCGGCAGGCCCAAAGAGCACUACAGUAGCGCCUUGCGAGGUCGUAGAGCCGGUAACCCUCGUUCGCCUAAGAUCGAAAAUGCUCUGUCUUUGAGGAAAAAGAGAUAUAGAUAGUGUUCCAGGAUUUCAUUGUUUUGAGUCUUUACUUAACUCGACCGCCUUUCUACUCCCAUGCUUUUCUUUGGUCAACAACCAAGCACAUUUCACAAGAGUUCUUCACUACUCCUACAGGCUUGACGGAGUUCAGAGUUCAGUCUGUCUGGAGGGAAUUAUUUUGGAUCAAUCACUAUGUUUAACAACGUUCGACGCAUCUCUUUAUUUGAUGAGAAGAGUCUUAACUCAACUUCGAGUGAUACAGCUUCUAUGUGGAAUGAUUUUCCAUCGGUCCCUUCUGACCUGCCACCCUUACCAGCCGACUCGGUUCCAUCUGUCCCCUCAUUACCUUCCAUAGCAAGUGAUGUUGAGGUGGAGCAGCCGGCUCCUUCUAAUUAUAAUUACGAGACUCAUGGUAUUGAUGAGGAUCAUCCGGGUCUUAACCCGGACAGUGAACGUAUAGUAGAGCUUCAAUCUGAUAUACACGAUAAAUUGGGAGAGUUGAUGACUAACAAGAGUGACCAAGACGUUCUGAGUGCGGCCGAAGCUUUACAUGGCGAAAGCAACAAUAUCCCUUUUCUGGAGCACCUGUUAGAUGAUUUGAACAAAAACGAAAUAGAAGGUGAAGCCUAUAAGGAUGCCCUGGAUCUAUCGAAUAGGUUGGGUAUAUUACCCGAUAAAGCAGCUUUGUGUGAUGCAGCGGAGCCAUGGCAAUUAGGAUUUCAAGACGCAGCAAGUCCUAUGAUGCAAGGAAUAAUCGAUUUACAUCACGAUAUCUUUUUCUUCCUCAUUCUGAUUUUGGUUUUCGUAUCACGGAUCUUGGUUCGCGCUUUAUGGCAUUUCCACUAUCAAAAAAACCCAAUCCCGCAAAGGAUUGUUCAUGGAACUACUAUCGAGAUUCUUCGGACCAUAUUUCCUAGUAUCAUCCCGAUGUUCAUUGCUAUACCAUCAUUUGCUCUGUUAUACUCAAUGGACGAGGUAGUAGUAGAUCCAGCCAUUACUAUCAAAGCUAUUGGACAUCAAUGGUAUCGGACUUAUGAGUAUUCAGACUAUAACAGUUCCGAUGAACAGUCACUCACUUUUGACAGUUAUACGAUUCCAGAAGAUGAUCUAGAAUUGGGUCAAUCAAGUUUAUUAGAAGCGGACAAUAGAGUGGUUGUACCAGCCAAAACUCAUCUACGUAUUAUUGUAACACCUGCUGAUGUACCUCAUAGUUGGGCUGUACCUUCCUUAGGUGUCAAAUGUGAUGCUGUACCUGGUCGUUUAAAUCAGAUCUCUAUUUCGGUACAACGAGAAGGGGUUUACUAUGGUCAGUGCAGUGAGAUUUGUGGAACUAAUCAUGCCUUUACGCCUAUCGUCGUAGAAGCUGUUCCUAGUAAAGAUUAUGGUUCUCGGGUAUCCAAAUUUCCUAGUAUCAUCCCGAUGUUCAUUGCUAUACCAUCAUUAGCUCUGUUAUACUCCAUGGGCGGGGCCCUCUCGCCAUUGAGUGCUUUGUGUGCGUCCUCCCCCUCCGUAAAUGGGUCGUCCAGUACCGGCUGGACGUCGUUACUGGGGAGCACCUCGCAGGAACCGUCGGGCGUCUCUUCGCCCUCGGGCGUGUGGACGCAUUUUGAGCAUGCUGCGAACUCCCCCGGGAGUAGCACAUCAGUAACGCCUAUCCCAGCAGAACAAGCAGUGCCUCCCGCUAAUCCUGUAGCUUCCGGGGAAGCGGAAGCCGGUCCAUCUCAUGUGGCCCACUUUCCGUAUAACGAGGCGGAGGUCAUUGGGGGGGACUCGGUUCUGUCGAUCCGGACGCGGCUUUUGGAGGAAAAUCCCUUUGCCUCCGCAGAAGAACUCCGUAUUGCUCAUCUUGAUGCCGAAGACCUGUUUGAGGUCAAAGCAGAUAUCGCCAUGGAAAUGUCUGCUCAUGAUCCAACUGGUGAUUGGUUGAACCGGGGGGCGUGGGCCCUCGGCAACCCGCGGACAAAAACUGGGGAAGAUUCUUUGGAGAAUCUCCUCAUUAUACGCGACAAACUUCGCCAACGGGACUGGGAAACCAUCAGGAAUUUGCAAGAAAGGAUGCUUUUCAGGAGGGGCUAAAAUAAAAAAUAUAUAUUAUAGAGUCAGUAGAAAACGCGAAAUUUCCCCUCAUUAGAAAGGGGGGAGGGGUCCCGAGAUCCUGGGCAGCGGGGUCUUCCCAUCAUGAUCGACUAAAGGGAAAGUCAGAGAUAUUGGUUCGAGUCAAAUUCAUGAUUCCACUGCAGGGGGACUUCAUUCAAU